UAAAUUCUGCACAUCAGAACAGUUUUGUUCCUGUAGUUUCCUACUCGCUGUAAAAACAUGGACAUUCAUAAUUAUCUUUUUUUCGUGGUUUUCUCUCUUUUCAAUCCAGUAUUCACAGAUGAAGAUUAUGCACAAGUCACAGCAUGUUGUACUUUCAAAGGUCCGGGUUUUAAAGAUACAGAAUAUAUCCUAGCGGGCCUUUCUAACAAGAAAUUAAUACAGCAGUACAACAGCACAAGAGGCAACUGGACAGGAUUCACAGCCUAUUCAAUUGAAUUCCUAAAAAAUUGGAACGCAGACCCUUUUGAUGCAAUGGAGAGAGCAUUUGAAAAGAACAUAUUGUGUACUAACAACAUAAAAAAUAUCCAACAAUUGGGUAAUUUUACCUCUGUACCCACCAUCAAGCUGAAUUCAGUGAAACACCCGUCAAUGCUUGUGUGCAGUGCGUAUAACUUUUAUCCAAAACAAAUCCGACUGACGUGGUUGCGCAACGGGCAGGAAGUGACCUCAUCGGUCAGUUUUUCUGAAGUGAUGUCUGAUGGGGACUGGUACUAUCAGAUUCAUUCCUACCUAGAGCCCAUCCCGACUCCAGGAGAAAAAAUUACCUGCAUGGUGGAACACUUCACCCUCUCUAAACCAGCACUUCAGGUCUGGGACCCCUCCCUUCCUGUGCCAGAACGGAUUAAAAUUGCCGUGGGACUGUCUGGUCUCAUACUUGGUUUUGUUAUGUUGAGCUCUGGAUUCAUCUACUACAAGAACAAGUCUAAAGCACACAUCAUUCUCUGUCAAGCAUUUGUAACAGGAAGAGUUUUGGUUCCGCUGGAGGACGCCCCUGAAGUUGAAGCAACUUAGCAGUCAGAGCAAACAGUAGUAUUGUUGACACAUUUCAUCCAAGAUGGUCUCAAUAUGAAACUUAGUGUGUGUCUCAAGUCAUA